CAACCACUUGCUGCCGGUGUAAAAUCCAAGAAGAAGCAGAACCAAUUAAAAACUCAAUAGUUGGAGCAGUUGGAGCAAAUCCUCAUUUAAGAUGUCGUCUCCAUCACCAAAGUCGCCUGAGCUCUCGGAAAAGGAUAAGAAAUAUGAUCGACAAAUUCGCCUGUGGGGUGAGCACGGUCAGCGGUUGUUGGAAACGGCCAACGUAUGUCUGAUAAAUGCUUCUGCCCUAGGUUCUGAAAUACUGAAAGGUGUCGUCCUGCCUGGUAUUGGUGGGUUUACCAUAGUAGAUGGGAGAAUAGUUACCGAGGAGGAUGUGGGGUCUGAUUUUUUCUUAGACACUCAAUCGAUUGGUCAAUCUAAGGCAAAAUGCUGUAAGGAGCUACUACAGGAACUAAACCCGGAUGUGCGUGGCGACUAUGUAGACGAGAGUGUUGAAUCACUUCUCGAAAGUCGACCUGAUUUUUUUACGACUUUCAAAAUUGUCGUGGCUACCUCUCUUUCGGAAAAAACAUUAAUUGCUCUCUCGAAACUGCUAUGGGAGCGACAAGUGCCCUUUUUCUAUUGCCGGUCACUGGGUAUGUUUGGUUCGAUUCGCCUCCAAAUCAAGGAACACAGAAUUGUUGAAUCACAUCCUGAUAGUAGGCAAAGCGACUUAAGACUUGAAAAUCCAUUCCCAACAUUGAAGCAACAUUUGGAUGCAACUAAUUUAACUCCGAAAGUACCAUGGCUAGUUGUAUUAUAUAAAUACUUACAAAAAUGGAUAGAGAAGCAUAAUGGAAAGUUUCCUAGAACUUACCAAGAUAAGGAAGAACUAAGAAUUAUGAUACGGGAAGGAAUGACCGCGGACGAAGAGAAUUACGAAGAAGCAAUUCGUGCUGUGAAUUCGAGUUUUGGAGGCGGAAAACCACCAACUGCCCUUCAAAAUAUAUUUGAUGAUAAAUCAUGCAAUGAAUUGAACAAAAAUUGUAAUCCUUUUUGGAUCAUCGUCCGUGCUGUUCGAGACUUCAUUCAAAGCGAGAACAACGGCUAUUUGCCACUUGCAGGCGUGUUGCCAGAUAUGACUGCGGACACAGAAUCUUACAUCAAUUUACAAAACGUUUACCGGCAACAAGCUAUGCAAGAUGCCGACAAUAUUUUCCGUAGAACACAACAGCUACUCAGAAGUCUAGGAUUAGAAGAAGAUCUGAUUCAGGAGGAGGACGUUCAUCUUUUCUGUAGAGAAGUUUCAGGUUUGGCUGUUUUUCGGGGAACAAAAAUUUCAGAUGAAUAUGAGAAGUCAUACAAAUCAGUACACAUUGCUCAAGAACUUCGCAGUCCUGGCAGUUUAAUUGAACACUACGUAGCUCUGCGGGCAUUUGAACGUUUCCAAACUGAACUUGGCCAUACUCCGGGUGAAUGUAAUGUUGAGACGGAUACUGCAAAACUGAAAAGUGUUGCAAGUAAAAUUCUGUCAGAAUGGGGAAUCGCGGAAACAUUGAGUGAUGACUUGGUUCAUGAAAUCUGCCGGUUCGGUGGUGCUGAGAUUCAUAGUGUAUCUGCUUUUGUAGGCGGUUGUGCUGCACACGAAAUAAUAAAAAUAAUUACCGAGCAAUAUAAGCCUGUCAACAAUACAUUCAUUUACAAUGCAAUUACUUCGGAGUCAGCGUGUUUCAAACUUUAAUAAUUUGCCGAAAAACAAUGUAAAGAUAAUGAAAGUGUUUCAGUUAAAAUAAAAGUCGUUUAAUAUACAACUAA